AUGCUGCUGAUCGAGGUCUCCUCCUGCAACGACCAAGCCGAUUUCGCGCUGAUCAACCGCGCCUACCACUUUGCCAAGGAGCAUCACAAGGGCCAGAUCCGCAAGUCCGGCGAGCCGUUCCUAGCCCACUGCGUCGAAGUGGCUCGGCUCCUCGCCCAGCUGGGCUUGGAUCACACCACGGUUGCAGCCGGGCUCUUGCACGACGUCAUCGAGGAUACACCGGCCACGGAUGCGGAGGUCGCCGAGCAAUUUGGCGACAAGAUCGCCGAACUGAUCGCCGGGGUUACCAAAAUUGAUCAGAUAACCUACGAGAGCCGCGAGGCGCGCCAAGCCGAGACCUACCGCAAGAUGCUGCUUUCCAUGGUCAAGGACAUCCGCGUCAUACUCAUCAAGCUGGCCGACCGCCUGCACAACAUGCGCACGCUCCAAUAUUUAAGCCUCGAAUCCCGCGAGCGCACCGCGAGCGAAACGCUCGAAGUGUACGCACCGCUGGCCCACCGCUUUGGACUGGCGCGGAUCCGCUGGCAGCUAGAGGACCAAAGCCUCAAGUUCCUCGAACCCGAAACUUACCAAGAACUGCGCGAAAGUGUGGCCAUGACGCGCCGAGAGCGCGAAGACUAUAUAAAGGAAUUUAAGGUCCCGAUCGAAGAGAGCCUGCACGCCAAUGGCAUUAAAGCCGAGUUUACGAGCCGCGCCAAGAACUUCUACAGCAUCUACAACAAGAUGAAGGCGCGGGGUAGGCCCUUUGACGAAAUCUACGACCUGCUGGCCAUGCGCAUCAUCACCGGCACCGUGCGCGAAUGCUAUCAAAUUCUCGGCUGGGUUCACCACAUUUACACCCCCAUCCCCGGGCGUUUCAAAGACUAUAUAUCGACUCCCAAGAGCAAUAUGUACCAGUCGCUGCACACUUCGGUAAUUGGUCCUAAAGGCCAAUAUGUCGAAGUGCAAAUCCGCACCGCGCAGAUGCAUCACACGGCCGAAAUCGGCAUCGCCGCCCACUGGCGCUACAAAUCCAAUGACACGGGUCCCAGCGAUUUAGACCAACACAUGAGUUGGCUGCACCAAGUCAUGGACUGGCAACAAGAGGCCACCGACCCGGUCGAAUUCAUGGAAAGCCUGAAGACCGAGCUGGCGUCUCAGGACGAGAUUUUCGUCUUCACCCCCAAAGGGGACCUACACCAGUUGCCCAAGGGGGCCACACCGAUCGACUUCGCCUUUGCCAUCCACACCGACAUCGGGCUGCACUGUUCGCGACGGCCAAAGUAA